GGCAGUAUGUUUUUGGUUUCUUUCAUUGUGUCAGUCACAUUUUUUGGGACGAUUCCACCUUCGUUUCAGUGUGAUGUUCAUCUCUUUCUCUAUGUCUCUUGUAGAUGAUGGUGUAUUUGGUGGCUCUUCUCCCUGGUGUAUUGGGCAGUGACUGUACAUUAAUGCCAUUCGACUGUUCUGACAUCUACAACUCAGGAGAAACAGUCAGUGGGAUUUACUCCAUCUAUCCAGCAGGUGAUGUUCCUGUCUGGGUUUACUGUGACAUGAUCUCAGAUGGGAAAGAUGAAGAUAAAGGAGGAUGGACGGUGAUUCAGAGGAGAAUGGACGGCAGUGUGAAUUUCUAUCAGCCGUGGAAUCAGUAUAAGAGAGGAUUUGGGAAUGUGGAGAGUGAAUACUGGCUGGGUAAGAUCUGUCUGUUUUUGUUGUCUGAGUUUCUCAAUCCACCACGGUUUUCAGUAUUUUGUAUCACACUGUGAAGUCUAAAGACUUCAGUAUUUUUAAGCUGUUUUGAACAUUGUAAUCAGUAGGUAAG